GAAAACCUUAAACCAGAAUCAAAAUUCACCUUUGGAAAAGUCUGAUCUGAAACAAUGGCCGUGAGAGCAACGGUGUCGCGUUUUCCGAUCGAUGCAGACGCUCAAGAGGCGUCAGGACUUCCUUGGGGACUAACAGUAACACCAUUCGCGGCUAAAGACGAGAACGAAAUCGGACCAGCAUACGGAUCUAACGGUCAUCUUCUUCCUCGUUGCGAAAACUGCUACGCUUACUUCAAUACCUACUGUGAGCUUGAUCAAUGGGCUUGGAAUUGCUCGCUUUGUGGAACUCUCAAUGGACUUCCUUCUGAUGCUAUUGCUCGUUACUCUAAUCCUCAGUCUAUACCUGAAAUGACUUCUUCCUUCAUUGAUCUUGAGAUGCCUCUGGAUGGAUCGGAGGAAGAGAUGACACAAGCACGGCCUGUGUAUGUUGCGGCGAUUGAUAUCUCGUCUUCCGAGGAAUUUUUGGAACUUACAAAAAGUGCAUUGCUAGCCGCUCUGGAAGCUCUAAGUCCAGGGGCUCUUUUUGGUCUUGUUACGUUCAGCCACAAAAUAGGACUGUAUGAUGUUCAAGGACCUAUUCCAGUUGUAAAGAAUGUAUUCAUUCCCCCUGAUGGGGAGAGCAGCUUAUCGCUAGAACUUGAGGAUGUCAUGCCCUUGUUACAAUUUUUGGCUCCGGUAGAAACUUGCAAGGAUCGUAUUGCUGCAGCUCUUGAGACACUCAGACCAAUAACUUCUUGGGAGAGAUCAGCUGGAGCAGCUCAAGGGAUGGAUAGUGUAUUGAUGGGUGGUAGGGGCUUUGGUACAGCUAUGGAAGCUCUAUUCAACUAUCUAGGAUCUGAAUUUGGGAAUACAUUUGCAUUAGCUAGGGUGUUUGCUUUCCUAUCUGGUCCUCCUGAUUAUGGACGUGGACAACUGGAUACAAGUAGAUAUGGUGAACAAUAUGCAAGUAAAAGGGUAGAUGCUGAUCGUGCUCUGCUUCCUGAACAAACACCAUUCUACAAAGACCUAGCCACCAUUGCUGUCCAAUCUGGUGUAUGUGUAGAUUUAUUCGCAGUUACAAAUGAGUACACAGAUUUAGCAUCCCUGAAGUUCCUUAGCAUCGAAAGUGGUGGCUCGCUGUUUUUGUAUUCAAGCACCGAUGAUUCAACUCUUCCCCAAGACAUGUUUCGAAUGCUUAACCGGCCGUAUGCAUUCAAUUGUGUCUUGCGAUUGAGGACAUCAACUGAAUUCAAACCUGGCAACUCUUUUGGUCACUUCUUUCCAGAUCCACAGUACGAGAACCUUCAGCAUAUCAUCUGCUGUGAUUCAUAUGCAACAUAUGCAUAUGACUUUGAUUUUGCAGAUAAUUCUGGAUUUUCCAGGCAUUCUGGAGAGCAACCAGUGGUGCAAAUUGCAUUUCAGUACACAGUUGUUGUACCUCCCGAGGGACUGUCAAAUUCAGAAAUGUCAUCUUCAAGUAGAGGCAAACACACACUUCAGAGACGAUUAAGGAUCAGAACCAUGCAAUUUGGAACUGCCCACAACAUCAAUGAAAUUUACGACAGUGUGGAUCAUGAAGUAGUUCUCUCAUUGCUCGUUCACAAGGUAAUUUUAGCUUCUCUGGAAGAUGGAGUCCGUGAAGGGAGGGCAUUACUUCACGAUUGGCUAGUAAUUCUAACAGCACAAUACAACGAUGCCUUCAAUCUCGUUCAAUACAAAAACGGAAACAAGUCGAUGAGUUCUCAGAUUGAUAUCACUUUUUCACAAUGUCCUCAACUUGAGCCUUUGCCUCGUUUAGUCUUUGCCUUACUCCGUAAUCCCCUUCUCCGGUUUCAUGAAGAAGGUGUUCAUCCUGAUUACAGAAUCUACUUGCAAUGCCUUUUCAGUGUGUUGGACCCGAGCUCUCUUCAUUGCGGGAUUUACCCAGCACUAAUGUCAUAUUCAACACCAGAUACACUUGCAUAUCCGCGUCAUUCAUUGAGCCGCGCGGCUUUGAUUACAAGUGGUAGUCCGAUAUUUUUCCUAGAUGCAUAUACCACUUUGAUAGUCUUCUACUCAUCAACAGCAGACCCGUCGAUACCUUUCCCUCCACCUCAAGACUGUUUAUUGAGGCAGACCAUAAAUAAGGUGAAGCAAGAAAGGAGCAUCACACCAAAACUGAUGUUUAUCCGAGGAGGACGAGACGAUGCUACUGUCUUUGAGAACUAUCUUAUAGAAGAACAAGAUGUGGACGGUAUUGGUUUUGCUAGCGCCAUGGGUUUCGUGUCUUUCCUCGAUGAUAUUUCGCAGCGUGUCACUGAAUACAUGAAGUGAAAGCCAAAUGACCCUUUAGUGAAAGCCAAAUACAUCCAAACUCAAAAAUUUCAACUGUGUCAAAACUUUUCCCAUUUAAGAGUUUUGCUCUUCUUGUUGUAACAUUUGCUUAGACUAGCAUCCCAACUUUUUUGCUCUCUUAAUCAGAAUGAAUAAUAAGCCAAAAUUUGCUCU